AUGGAGCCAUCAUCAGCCCAGGAUGAAACCGCAAAACCGAAAGACCCAGCAGCGAGCCUGGAUCGUAUAAGACAAUUUCUCAGAUCCAGAGAUGACACCCAGCGCUUUGUUGGACUCGCGCUCGCUAGAUCCAUUCUUGACAACCAUCCAGAGCUCAGGGAAGACCAACAUGUCGUCCAAAGUCUGUGGGAGUGUAUCGAGCCCAAAUUUCUGGACAGACUGCUCAAGACGGGCAGUGACCCGGCAAACCAGGAGGCAAAGGACAUGCUGGAUCUUUCGAUAUCGAUCUUGCAUACAUUCAGUGUGCUCUUGCCCGACGAAUCGAGAAGGAGUGUGAGAUUUGUGGCAAGGAUACCGCGAGUGAUAGCUGCACUUCUGCAGAGCUCGCAAGAGACCACUACCCUCGCCCUACAGCUUCUGAGCACCCUAGCAAGCAAUCCGGAGAGCGCUGCGCGCGUCAGAAAUGUCGAGGAUCUCAGCCCCUUGACUGAGAUUGCUCCCUCGAAUCCUCUGGCGCUGAAUGUCCUACGACUCUCAUGGCUCAACACCAUGGCUGGCGAGAAUGCUACGUUGACAUCUAGUAAGGUAGCUGAGACCUUGAAGAUCCUGAUACCUUCAUUUUCGGGCACGGAUGCCGUUACGCUACUUGAGUUCCUGGGUGACUUCCUCCGACAAGCAGAUAGCAAGGUACUCCUGAUCAAAACCCAGCGCUGCCGAACCGAUGCUAACGAGUGCCAGCUGAUACCCGCUACUGCGCCCUGGCUACCGACUGUUGUCACGUAUAUACAAAAUCUCGUCAAGAGUCGCCCAACCCCUGAAGCACGGGCGGCUUACACCAAUGCCUCGGCGUCCAUACUGCAGGCAUAUCCCGACGAGGCUUCUAAACUCUUAUUCGCCGAGGACAGGAAAGACGAGAAGCCAUCUGGCUAUCUGUUCGUAAAUCUUAUCCUCAUAGAUAUUCGGUCAUCGAUACCCAUGCUCCUCGAACACCUCAACAGCCCAGAGUAUCCAAAGACGUCUCGCAGGCUGGCCCUCGACUUUGACGUCGUCUCCAUAUUCAUAGGGUUCUUGCUGAGGUCUCUGGACGAAGAUGGGCCCAUGGUCAUGUCCCCAGACAGCUUGCUCAAAUUACGCAAGGGCAUCUCGGAGACCAUGUCCGUGACCGCCGAGUAUCUGCGCGACCGGUGGGACGCGUCCGUGGCGGGAGCAAUGGGUCUCCAUGUCGAUGCAAGGACAGGCGCUGCCGAGACGAGCACGGGGUCGAGACCCACGCUGACGUGGGACUCGAAAACGAACAAUGUGGACGAAGACCCGUUAACCCUUUCGUCGUUGCGGGCGCUGAGCAUAUGGCUGCGCGAAGAUGAAAAUGAUACCCUUCGCAAGGAGGCAACGGGUCUGAUGGACAUGUUUAUGGAGUUGUACCGUGGCAGUGACAAGCAGUCGGAAGACAAGCUUGACUUUAGGUCUCCUGUCUUGGUGGCGCUCGAAGCACUUGUCACCUUUGACAAGGGGCGCGACAUCUUCCUCAGCCACGAGGGAUGGAAACUUUUGUCCUCGGAUCUUGUUCGCAUCGUUGGUGAACCCUUGCGCGCUGGCUCAGCGUACGAGGCACGAAGAGGGAUCGACAUUGUCCGGGUUCUGCUGGCGGUUGCAGAAUCGCAACGAACGGGGACAGAGGAGGAAUGGAUGGCGCUGGUCAACAACGUGCACGCGAUGAGCUCGCGGGAGGAACAGGCUGCCUCCAACCCGUUCUUUCGAGAGUUCCAGGUCGCCGUGCUCCAGCUUUGCACGACGCUUUUCUCCAAUGCGAACAUGGGUAUGGUGAAAAGGUAUUAUAGUAGCUUGAGCUCGCUGUUGGGCAUUGCGGGCUUGGUGCAGAAGACCAUUGGGGAGGAUGAUGCGCUGCGAGAGCCGAUUGACGAUGUGCUUUCCACCUUGGAGGCUGUGAGAUAG